AAAAUGGAUGAGGAUAUUGCCAUCAUUGGAAUUGGGUGCAACUUCCCUGGAGGUGAGGGUAUCGAUAAUUUCUGGAAAGUUCUUGUGGAGGGCAGGAACUGUGUUGUUGAGAUUCCAGAUGAGAGGUUCGACACAUCAGAGUGGUUUCAUCCCGAUGAGAGCGAAGUGGGAAAAACGCAGACUACAAAAGCUGCUCUCAUUGAUGGAUUCAAUGAGUUUGAUCACAAGUUUUUUGGCAUCAGCGAGGCUGAAGCUGAUUAUAUGGACCCUCAGCAGAAAUUGCUACUGCAGUGUGCAUACCGGGCUUUAGAGGAUGCUGGUAUACCCUUGGAAAAAGUGAAUGGAACCAGAACAGGAGUUUACAUAGGACUUAUGAACAGAGACUAUGAGACACUUUUAAACAACAGCCCCAGCACAAUAAGCCACUAUAAUGGCACAGGAACUGCCAUGAGUAUAGCCGCCAACAGAAUUUCUUACAGCUUCAACCUCACCGGACCCUCCUUUGCAAUCGACAGUGCAUGUUCUUCAUCCCUAGUCGCCCUUCACUCUGCCUGUCAGGCCAUUAGACAAGGUGACUGUGACAUGGCUUUGUGUGGAGGGGUCAGCUGCAUCCUUGAGCCUCGAGUCUUUGUGGCACUCAGCAAGGCGAAAAUGAUCUCGCCCGAGGGCACAAGCAAACCUUUCUGCCGGUCUGCAGAUGGAUAUGGCAGAGGAGAGGGCUGUGGUAUAGUUUUACUGAAGCCUUUGAAAAAGGCUCUUGAGGAUUUUGAUCAUGUUUGGGGCAUCGUCAGCAAGACUGCAGUAAACCAAGAUGGUCACACUGUCACACCAAUCACCAAACCCUCCAUGACCCAGCAGGAGGCUCUUCUGCGCAUGAUCUACUCCUCUGAGGAUUAUCUUGCAAAUGUCCAGUAUGUAGAAGCUCAUGGGACUGGAACACCAGCAGGAGAUCCAGUUGAGGCAGGUAGUAUCUCAAACAUCAUUUCAAAAGCAAGGCCUUCAAGCUCAGGUCCUCUAUAUAUUGGCUCAGUUAAGAGUAACAUUGGACACACAGAAUCUGCAGCUGGGGUGGCAGGACUCAUAAAGAUUCUGUUGAUGAUGUGGCAUGAAACCAUCGUCCCCUCUGUGUUCUACUCAACUGACAAUUCCAGCAUAGACACUAAAGCUCUCAAUCUUAAAAUCCCCACCAGAGCUGAAAAAUGGAUUUACUCAGGCUCCAAGAAAAGGAUUGCUGGAUUAAACAGCUUUGGGUUUGGUGGCACCAACACUCAUGCCAUCAUCAGUGAGCAUGUGCAUGCGACAGUCUCUAACAUCCACACUCUUAAGUCUCUAAAACUGUUUCCACUGUCUGCAGCCACAGAUCAGUCUCUUCAGAUGUGUAUAGCAGACAUGUACCAGAGGAUCACUGAAGGUGACACAGUUGAUGUACAAGCUCUCGCUUACACAUCUGCUUGCAGAAGAAGCCACAAGAGGCACAAAUUUAGGAAAGUCUUAGCUGCAUCAUCUCUUUCAGAGUUACAAGUGCUACUCAAAUCUAGCAUGAACAAGAUGUUAGCCCCAACAAAACAAGGCUUAAAGAUAGUGUUUGUAUUUUGUGGGAAUGGCGUCACUUAUAGGGGCAUGUGUAAGCAACUACUGAAAGAGGAGCCUGUCUUUAGGGACAAGGUCAAAGAGGUGGAAAACUACUUUCAGAAGUUCAAAUGUGCCAGUAUUUCGCAAAAGAUUGCAAACAGCUAUGACAACGAGGAUUUCUCUAAACCAAUUGUUGUCCAGCCACUUCUCUUUGCAAUUCAGGUUGCGAUUGCUCACCUUCUUAAGCAUUGGGGCAUCAGACCAGAUGUUGUUCUUGGGCACUCUGUGGGAGAAGUUGCAGCAGCUCAUUGCUCUGGUCUACUGUCACUUGAGGAUGCCGUAAAGGUCAUCUACUGUCGCAGUGCUCUGCAAAGCAAAGUGACAGGUGGGAAGAUGCUGGUCAUUGGUAACAUAGCUGUCACAGACAUCCUGGAAAUUCUCCCAGCAUAUACAAAGAAGAUUUGCCUAGCUGCUGUUAACAGUCCAAUGUCAUGUGUGCUGUCAGGCGAUAAAGAAGCUGUUGACAAUGUGCACCAAAAGCUUCAGUCUUCAUUUAAGAGCAAGAAUCUGUUCCUUCAUGUCUUGGAUGUCCCUGCUGCCUACCACAGCCAUAUGAUGGAUCCUAUACUGGGCCAAAUCAAAGACAGUAUUGGAUAUUUAACUCAGAAUGAAAUGGAUUGUAAACUGUAUUCCACAGUUACAGGAGAGAUGUGUCGUCAAGGGGAUUUUAUAACCGGCGAAUACUGGGCACGAAACAUCCGAAAGCCAGUUGCUUUUGAACAAGCAAUUAAAUCAUUGUCCAACAACAAGAAGAACAUAGUCUUUGUGGAAAUUGGCCCAAGACGGGCUCUGCAGAGGAACAUCAUUGAGAUUCUGGGAAAUGACACCACAGUGCUUCCAUCAGUGCAACCAGAUAAAGAUCAUGAGACAAUGCUCACUAUGGUAUCAAAACUGUUUGAGCUGGGGGUCAAUGUGAACUGGGAUGAGUUCUACAAAGGGUAUGAAACAGAGCUCACCCCUUUCCCAAGGUAUCAGUUUGAGUGUCUAAAGAAUGAGGUUUAUUUUGAAGACGUAAGACUGGGAAAUGAGUCAGUCUCUCGUUGUCCACAUCCACUGAUAAUUCCAAGUAAAUGUAACAGCAAAGUGGUCAAGUGCAACCUAUCAGCAGGUGCAACCUCAUACCUUUGGGAGCACAAGAACAAUGGUGUAGCCAUCGCACCAGGGGCAUUAUAUGUUGAGCUGGCUUUCGCAUCUGCAAUUGAAACUGCUUUUCCAAAAAGGCCUCUUUCCUCAUUACAGCUCACAAUUGACUUUCAAAGUUUGUUUGUUCUAACUAAGAACUGUCGUCCUCUCAAAAUAACACUAGAGACAUCCAUGGACAAAACCAAUUUUCAGAUACAGUCCUCAUCUGCCAUGCAUGCAUCAGGAUUCAUUUGUCAUGGAGGGGGACCGGCCGUCAUUGAGCAACAAUCCAUUCUCCUGACCACUGUUUUGAGGAGAUGUCCAUCAGUCAUUAAAAGCCAGGAUGUAUACAGCAUUCUAAAUGAGGUAGGAUUUGAGUACGAAUCCAACUUCAAACAGCUGGGAGACAUUAAUUAUGGACAGGAAUUCAAGGAGGCUGUGACCAGUGUCAGUAUUCCAAAGGGAUUACUAAACCAUCUGUAUGAUUAUUGCUUACACCCAGUGGUCCUGGAUUACUUCUUACAAAUGUCUGCAGUUUUAGCAUCAGCCUCUAGCACUAUCAGGCCAGGGUUUCCUUCUGCAAUUGGUAGUAUGGUUAUAUCUGAACCUCCUCAAAAAGACAUGUUCAUGUACAUGAGAAUGACCAAAGAGAAGUCAGAUUGUUUUGAGUUUUGUGGUUGUUUCACUGACAAAAAUGGGCAUGUGCUGAUCGAGCUGAGAGACGUCAGAAUUAAUUUUCUGGGAAAACAUGCACAGAUCAGAGAAUCAUGUUUCUUUCACAAUCAGGUGGUUGCCGUUCAUGCUGAGAGCAAUAUUUCCAGCAGAAUCAAGGCUUUGGUCUUUGAGGACACCCUGGGAAUAGCCAAAGGUUUGAAACCAUACUUACACCCAAAAUCAAUAUUUGUACCUCCACCUGAUUCAACACAAUGCUCAGCCUUGGAAGUCCUAAACUUGCAGUCCCUUUUCAGUACAGCAGACAUGGAUCUAGAUGAGAUCUUGUUUAUCUGGGGCAUUCAGAAUAUUAGUCAUUUCAAAACUGAGGCAAUUCUAGAGUAUUUGGCAGACAACUGUGAACUUUACCGUCAAGUUGUUUUGACUUUAAGAAGCUGCAGGUGUGCAAGUUCCAUCCGAGUCAUAACAUAUAGGUUGGCAGAAGGGACAGUUGAUAAUAUUAGUCCUGGAUUUGUGCUAUCUGGCAUGACAAGGGCAUGUGCUGCAGAAUUGUCAAGCAUUUCUUUUCAGUUGAUCGAUCUUUCCAUAGUGUCAACAGAGGACAUAAAAGCACUGGCUCAUGUUCUUCACUCAUACAAGAGCCAUGAGUGCCCAGAGGUCUUCAUUAAAAAAGGUGAAGUUUACUCUGCUGUGAUAAAUCACACUCCCAUUACCGCAUUAGGGAGAGUACAAGCUAAAUCUAAAACCCUUCAAUCCCAAGAGUUCACUUUACAGACGGCCGAUCCCUACAGAGUGACAGGCUUAUCAGCUUUGCCCUUAGACAAUUCAGUCGGCACUAUUGAGCGGAAAAGCGUUGAGGUUCAACUCAGUAAAAUAUGUGUGCAUUCAUCAGACUAUUUUCCAGUUAGUACCUCAGAUCUAAAAUUUGGUCAGACAAUGUACUGGAAUGAGCACACAACUCAGAACCACAGUUUCCUAGCACUCGACUUUAGAGGGACUGUUACGGCUUUAGGAAAGGAUGUCAGCAAACUUAAAGUGGGUGACAUGGUUAUCUGUUGUUACCCCAUACGAGCAAUUUCUAAAGUUGUCCUACCGGAAGCUGUUUGCUAUAAAAUAAAAAGAUUCCCAUUUCUAAGGGACGUUCCAUGUGUUUCUUACAUUGUCCUGAUCUGGGAGAUCUUGCAAUGUGCAUUACCCAAGACCAAACAACAGCAAAGUUUAGGCAUCUUCUGCACUGUUCAUGAUUCAGCUCUGGUUAAGAUACUGACACUCAUUGCAAAUAUAUCUGGCUGGAGUGUGUUCACAGAGACUGAUCUAAAUGUAUUAGUCCAAAAACCAAAGCACUGUCUUCUUUUUGUCAUUCUCCCCCCAUAUGACCCCUCACGUUUGACAGAGAUUGUCCGUGUUGCCAAUGCAACUCAAAUUGUCUUAGUAGGCGGCAAUCGGGAGCAACAGAAUUCUGCAUUAGAUGCCAUUCAGAUGGACAGUGAGAGUACUUUCUUCCAGACUCUUGAUAUUUCCAAAAUCUUCCAGAAAUCACGUCUUAAGGCAUAUGGAGCUCUUAUACAGAAAUGGCUAAAAGGAAUGCACUUGCAUAGAGGAUGGCCAUCGAUACAAAGCAGAAUUCUUCCAAUCGUAUCCCCUGAAAGUAUGUCUCUACAGUCUGUAGAGCAUUCUGGUUGCUACUUCAGUGCAAAAACUCUGGACUUGAUAGUUCUUGGUAGUGAUGACUCUAUGACCAAGAUAUCACCCAUUCCCUUGCUUCCAAGACCAAUGCAGUUGUUCUCAAAGGAAGGUGUAUACUUAGUUUCAGGUGGCCUUUCUGGUUUGGGAUUUGAAACUGUUAGGUUUAUUGCCCACAGGGGUGGUGGGUGCAUUGCCACUCUCUCAAGGAGCACUCCAUCUGAGAAGAUAUGCAAAGAUAUAAGCGCUCUCCAGAGGAGAUAUGGAGUAACAAUUCUCACUCUCAUGUGUGAUAUCUCUGUGCCAGAGCAGUUGAUGGAAGCAAUGACUGUGAUUGGACAACAUUUUCCCUCUUGUCCAAUCAGAGGGGUGUUCCACAGUGCUGCUGUGCUACAUGAUGGAUUACUUGAAAGCCUUGAUAGGUCUCUUUUCCAUAAAGUCCUGCGACCUAAAGUCAGUGGUGCUCUGAAUCUUCACUUCGCCACUCUACAAAGCCCAACUCUCGAUUACUUUGUGUGCUAUUCUUCAAUCUCUUCCUUCAUUGGAAAUGCAGCGCAAGCCAAUUAUGCUGCAGCUAAUUCAUUUCUUGACACUUUUUGUCACUACCGCCGUAACAUUGGACUUGCAGGACAGUCCAUAAAUUGGGGGCCACUUAAACUGGGCCUGCUUAUGGACAAAGACAAUUUUCAAACAUUCCUUGAAACGAAAGGACUAAUGACAAUGGAUGUGUCAGAGAUCCAUGAAGCUUUAGAGCACUGCCUACUGUCAAACAAUCCCCAACAGGUGGUUUGCAAAUUCAAUUUUAGGAACCUAAAGAACCACGUUCUCUCUCAGAAUGCAUCUCUAAACUUUCGCCUAUCAGCUUUAGUGGAGGAGGGUCUGAAAAACAAGACUGUGGAGGACUCCAGGACAGAUGUUCUGUCAUCAGUGCAUGAAUGUGUUAAAGGGAUUCUGACCGAAAUUUGCAGUGUAGAUACUGAUGAUCUUAGUGAUGAAACUGUCCUCACAGCACUAGGAAUGGACUCAAUGUUGGCCAUGACGAUGCAAAAUCGCUUGUUUCAAGAGAUAGGAGUGAAUAUCCCUCUUGUUACCAUACUUGAUCCAUGCAGUACACUGUCCUCACUGACUGCACUCAUAAAACAGAGUACUAGUGAGGAUUGUGAGCUAGAUGUGAAACUAUAA